GUAAAUAUGAGCAUAAAUGCCGACGUUCUCCGCAAUUUCACGGGAAGAACACUCAAAUCUUGGAGCGGUUAUCAAUUGGCACUGGACAACUCGUGUGGCGGAGAUGAGACCCGCGAGAAGGACAAGUGGUUUCUGGAGGUGCUCUGCGAGCAAUUGACAACGACACGCGGUCUGAAAGCUGAAGAACUCGAGGAGUGGCUCACAAAUAUCCUGUAUCACGAUUUCGACCUGAUUUUGGACGACGAUUCGAGUUAUCAAAUCGCAUUUUUCCUAUUAGAAGGCUUCGGUUAUAUUAAAAACGAGAAUGAGGCCGGGAUUCAGCAGCUGCUUUCAAAACUCCCUUCCGACGAAGAAUUAGAAAAAGCGAAACGAGAAUCAGUGCGCGGACCUGAAAACGACGAAGAUGACGAAGAAAUGGACAUUCCAGAGGACGAAGAGGAAUCAGAAGAAGGCCCAUCAGAGCCACGUGGUCCCCAGCGACAAGUUGUUGUAGACGAUGAUGGCUGGACGACAAUCACCAAAAGACAAUAAACUUUAUUGAUUUUUUUUUCAAAAUAUCUGAAAAUUCUAAAUAAUCACGUUAUUCUUGUUUUCCUGUUGAUUUUACUCAUUUUCCGCCUGUUUUUGCUUGUUUUUGCCCUGUUUUCUGUGUUUCUUUGUGCCUUUCUCAUAAAAAAUCCAUAGUUU